AUGGGCACAAUCCCCCCACCCCAGCCUCCUCUCCGCACAGAGAGCGACUUCAUCCGUGUGGAUAUGUCUGCACCUAGAGUCGCAGGCUCUCGGCUUCCGCCCCAAGUGGGAGAAGCAGGCUAUGGACAAUCCGGAACUACUUUCAUCGAUCCGCAGGACAAGUUCUGGUCUCUGUAUCUAUCGGAUGCGGAGAAGUACGACAACUCUCGCUUGGAGAGUUGGAGGGGGGACGCGGAUGGCAUCCUGAUAUUCACUGGCCUAUUCGCAGCCACUGUAGCUACGUUCACCGUCGCGAGCUACAGCAUGUUGUUUCCGGAUCCGAAUGAGCAAACCGCGGCGCUGCUCACGACACUAAUCGCACUGAACGUCAACGGUAGUCAAGCCAUCACGAUCCCGGUGCCACCGGUGUUUCAAGCGUCAACCGCUGCUGUCUGCAUUAACGCGCUUUGGAUCAUCAGUCUCUUCCUGUCACUGGCCUGCGCAUUAGCGGCGACCCUCGUACAGCAAUGGGCACGGCGCUAUGCGCAUCACGUUCAGCAACGCGCGCCGCCUCGAGAUCGCGGCCCCCUCCACGUUGUUCUCUCGAUGGGCCUGCGUCGAUUUGGCAUGAAGCAGGCCGUGGCCGCUAUCAUAUGCACACUACAUCUAUCGGUUGCUCUAUUCUUGGCCGGACUGGGCAUCUACAUGUCCUCUGCGAACGACACGAUCGCGUUCGUCGUCGCAGGCGUGAUGGGCGUUGGAGCCCUGGGCUAUGGUUUUCUCAGCAUCCUACCGCUAGCGUGCACAGAUUCCCCAUACAAGACGCCGUUCACGCCCGUUUUGCGACUCUGCAUCACGCUCGCCUGCAACACCUUCGCCUACUGCUGCGAUCUAGCAGCGACACUCGUUUGGUUCACUUCACGGAAAGGUCAACACGAGCGGCUGACGAGGCGCGCCACCGCUAUCUCGAAGUGGACCGCGACAUUGAAGGGCGAGCGUAUCAAGUACGCCAAAGAUCUCGCGAAAAGGCCCACUACCGCGCGAGAGAAGUUCGCCCUGAAACAGACCAUGAAGGACCUGGACGAAGUGCAUGAGCUCGAGACAUUCUGCGAUGCACUGAUUGUGCUCGUGCAACCCAAUGGGGGAUCGCGUUGGGAUGAAGACCUUACAAUGCGCGUAGAUCUGACGAUCUACCUUCUCGAAGAGCUGCACAUCAAAAAGCGCAUCGCUCAACUUCUUCUCUCCAAGCCCACUCCGGCCGAGCCGAACCCCCGAGGCGUACGCGUUCGGCGCAUCUCCAUCGGCCUCAAACUUGCGAGAGCACUCGUAGCGGCGAUUGCUCAUGCGGAUCACAGGCCGAACCUGGUCAGGACUAUUCAAAAGUGCCUGGGAGACGAAUUGCUCGCUUCAUGGAGGUCUACUGCAGCGAACGAGAAAUACUCUUGCACGGCUUUCCUUGCGCGAUCUUUCCUCUCCACAGUGCGCGUUGACGUCUGUCGACAUUACCUCUUGGCCUCCUCGGCGAAUGGCGCACUGGACGCUGUGGGCCUCGCCGCCAAUCUGUCUCUUGCAGAAGCGCAUGCGCCAGGUAGGGGAGAGAUCAGGCAACAUGUGCGCAGUGCGGCUGCGAAGAGCAUGAUUCAGUCAUACCUAUGUGAAGACUAUGUGCGCUUCCUUCGCGACAUCCUAUCGUUCGAAUCGCGAGACCAUGAUCUUCUCGACAUGUACGCCGGAACUUGGUUCCCGCUUUUCGUGGAUGUUCAUAAUAGCUUGUGUAUGGCGCUGGACGACUUGGACGGCACAUGUCUGGACAUGCUUCAGGCGGUUCUUAUGCAUGUCAAUAUGUGCCACCGACAGGCCGAUGGCACCUUGUUCGAUCGCGAAUACACGAGCAUGCCCAACUAUCCGGGUCUUGAAGUACCUCGCGACGAGUAUCGCGAUUUCUUCUCCAGAUACCCCGAUAUAGCUGGUUUGCUGCAUGAUGUGUGGAGCCGAAUAAAGAACAUACGGUCUGAUGGACUCGGGUUCUACUGUACUUGCUACUACCACCUUCAUCUUCCGGAGCAUGAACCGGAAUCGGCGGAGAACAGUCUCACGACGUCGACGGACUCUGAUGUUACACUUUCACAUCCCAUUACACUUCCUAGCUCCUGUGCUACGUCUUCUUAA